AGCGCAACAACAACCUGGGUACACUCAGCAUGUCUUGUUCAAACAAGCCAGCUUUCCAGCUCAGAUAGAGACCGGGUGGCGAAGGGCAGAAAAUAAAACUGGCGACCGCCACACGUGUGCCAAAAGCAUCUCUGCGGCCACGGUGUUUCCUCGAAGGCCGAGGACCUGAGGAGGAGGAGGAGGCCGCGUUGUGGCGUCAGUCAGCGUCCUCUUGACCUGCAGGUCGGCCCCCGUAGGCUCUGGAGACACGGCAGUGAACUGAGGGGCGGCAACACUGGAUGGACAGAACAUGGGGUCAGAUGAGGUCUACAACUUUGUCUUCAAGGUGGUUCUAAUCGGAGAAUCCGGCGUGGGGAAGAGCAACCUCCUCUCCCGCUUCACCAAAAACGAGUUCAGCCACGACAGCCGCACGACCAUCGGGGUGGAGUUCAGCACGCGGACCACGCAGCUCAGCGGCUUCACCGUCAAGGCCCAGAUCUGGGACACGGCCGGGCUGGAGCGAUACCGGGCCAUCACUUCCGCGUACUACAGGGGUGCUGUGGGAGCCCUGCUGGUCUAUGACAUCACGAAGCACCUCACCUACGAGAGCGUGGAGCGCUGGCUGAAGGAGCUGUACGACCACGCCGACCCGCACAUCGUGGUCAUGCUGGUGGGCAACAAGUCCGACCUGGAAUCCGAGAGGUCCGUGCCCAACGAAGAGGCUAAAGACUUCGCAGAAAAGAAUGGACUUUUGUUUCUGGAGACGUCUGCUUUGGAGUCAACUAACGUGGAGGCAGCAUUCAACAAUGUCCUGGCAGAGAUUCACAGGAAGGCGAACAGUAAGGAGGUGGUCCGGGGGCCCAUCAGUGCUGUGACCUUGAACAGCUCCAGUGCAGAAAAGCCAGAGGAGGACAAAGCCUGCUGCAGAAACAUCUGAUCUCAGGGUCCUCCAGGAACCCCGGGGGGGGGGGGGGGGGGGCUCAGGGUGGCAGACAGGUGACCUUCACCCACAACCCGGCGGUUGAGAUUGACGGGAGGCACGCGACAACCACGGGGGCCAAUAUAAACGUUUUUUUUUUUUUUUUUUGGCUUAAGUGAUGCCUCUUUAUUGUGUCAGUAAAUGUAGCUGGUGUUCAACAUCAUUCGCCUCGGCUGACUAUGGAACAUAGGUCAAAAGUUCAACACCUAACCGUGGGACCUGUAAGGUUUUAUAUUUAUAAUCUGUGCACACAAUUGGCGCACCGUAGACCCAUCACUGUGUGUGUAAAUGUAAAUUGCACACGACUGUUUCAUUGUGUGUCGUUGGCACUGUGAGUCUUGCUGUCACAGCUGUGCAUGCGCGGAUAAAUGGAUUGCAAUCCUGUUGAAAAAUAAAUCAUUCAUGGAGAAC